AUGGUGGAACAGGCGCAAAAUAUUCUUAUAAUAGCCCCGAUCUCGGGGCCGUCUGCAGUUGCGUCCUUUCUGGGGUCCGUCGUGACAUCACCGCCCAGGAUUCUUACGUCCUUUUGUUUCAGGAAUUUUGCCUUCUUCGGCCAUCGCGGAGGAGCAACCAGACCCAUGCAGUGCUUGAGCGGCGUCGUUCCUUCCUGGCUGACCUAUCGCCAUCGCAACCGAUUCGAACGAUGCCACGCACGCGAGACGAUGGAUCGCGUCGAUCUUCCCGUUCCUGGUCACGCUAUGAUUCUCAGCGGCGCUAGACCGGUGUAG